AUGGGACAUCCCAUGUCUGCUGAACCUCCCAGCUCAAAGUCCUCCAAGCGCAAAGGCACCCGCAGCGUCUCGACCCUCACGCCGUCCCAGCUCGCCCGCAAGCGCGCCAACGACCGUGAAGCACAGCGCGCCAUCCGCGCCCGCACCAAGGAGCACAUUGAGCGCCUGGAGCGCGAGCUCGAGGAGCUGCGCAGCCACCAGAACCGCGACCGCACGCUGCAGGACCUGCUGCGCCGCAACAAGGCCCUCGAGGACGAGCUCAGCCGCCUGCGCGAGUCCAUGGGCAUGUCAAUGGCCUCGUCGCCCUACUCAGCCCCGGCUCCCUACGACGAGCAGCAGCAGCAUGCUCCCGGCACCAUCCCCUCGCCCCGAAUGUCGCCCCUCGCCGCCUCGGCCGACUACAACCCGCUGCCUGACUACGGCCAGCACUACGUCCCCAUGUCCGGCAGCAACGUCGACAGCUGGGCUGCCAACGUCCCCUCCCACAUUGGUUCCAACGUCUCGAGCCCGUCCUCGUCCGCCGACGACUACGUCUCCGGCUACAUCCCAACCAGCGUGCCCACCUCCAUGAUGCCCACCUCCAACAGCCUCGAGUCCCUCGACAACUUUCGCAUGAACAACAUGUCGAUGCAGCCCAACGUCUACAUGCAGCAGCAGCAGCAGCAGCAGCACGCGGGCCAGCCGCCCCAGCAGAGUUCCUCCCAGGGCGACUGGUCAAUGUACCCCGUGUACUACAACUCCCAAGCCAAGGGUGGCGAGGCCUGCCUCUCCCGAUAA